CUCUCUGUUAACUCUAGUCUAGGGCAGGCCUCUCUCUCUGUAAACUGUAGUCUUGGGCAGGCCUCUCUCUCUGUUAACUCUAGGGCAGGCCUCUCUCUGUGAACUCUAGGGCAGGCCUCUCUCUCUGUUAACUCUAGGGCAGGCCUCUCUCUCUGUUAACUCUACGGCAGGCUUCUCUCUCUGUUAACUCUAGUCUAAUGCAGGCCUCUAUCUGUUUGUGUUAACGCUAGUCUAGUGACAACGGCCAAAGAAGGAAAGAAAAUGCUGUAAUGCCUUUUGACCUUCUCUGUAGCCUUAACCUAUAGGCCUAAUCUGUAUCCUUAACCUAUAGGCCUAAUCUGUAUCCUUAACCUACAGUUUGAAUCUGUAGCCUAACCUAUAGGCCUAAUCUGUAGUGUAGCUUUGACCUAUAGGCCUAUUCUGUGGUGUAGCUUUGACAUAUAGGCCUAAUCCGUAGUGUAUAUUUGACCUUUUGGCCUAAUCUGUAGUGUAGCUUUGAUUUAUGGGCCUAAUCUGUUUUGUAGCUUUGACCUGUAGGCCUAAUCCGUAGAGUAGCUUUGACCUAUAUGCCUAAUAUGUAGUGUAGUUUUGAUCUAUAGGCCUAAUCUGUAGUGUAGAUUUGACCUAUAGGCCUAAUCUGUAGUGCAGAUUUGACCUAUAGGCCUAAUCUGUAGUAUAGCUUUGACCUAUUGUCCUAUUCCGUAGUGUAGCUUUGACCUAUAGGCCUAAUCUGUAGUGUAGUUUUGAUCUGUAGGCAUAUUUUGUAGUGUAGUUUUGACCUAUAAACCUAAUCUGUAGUGUGGCCUUAACAAAUACCAUUUAUUUGUAUUGGUCUCUCUGUCUCUCCAUCUCUCUCUGUCUAGACACUGUGUGAGACUACUCUCCAGUCUCAACAUGUAUCUGGAGAAUAAGAGCGACCUGGACCUGAAGUCCCCAGCAGCAGCCCCUGGCCUCCAGGGAAGGUCCAGUCUGAGGACAGCAGAGGCGGUGGCAGGGGGCUACGGUGAGGUGGCGGGGAACUUUGGAGACCUGCGUCUGCUGGAGGGGUUCUCAGGAAGGAUAGAGUCCCAGAAACUACAGCAGGCCUCCGCCAGAUCCCCGGGGAACUGUGGUAUGCACGCUGAAGACAGACAGACCUUCAGUAUGGUCAACUUUCUGAAGGGAAACACCGACCGGACCAACUCCAACCACACAGAGAGAUCUCCCCUCAUCAGAUUCUCCCAAGAUGACAGUAUAACGUACAUGACCCUGUAUGAGGGCGAGGAGACGUGGGACAACAGCAGUUUGGAGCUGGAUAGGAGGUGUCGUCUGGGGAGUGAGGUCACUAGCCUGUCCCUGUCACGAUCCUCCUCCACAGAGAAAGACCCUCUGGACGUACAGCUGAACUUCAAACUGUCCAACAGCAUGAGAUCUUGCCUCUCCAUCUUUAAAAUCACCUGUAUCUUCACCUUUGUCGUCCUCAUGUCUUUGUUCUUCAGUAUGUAUCCAGACAGAGACAACCCGUGGAGGAUGCUGGCUGUCUCCCCUACAGAGAGCUUCUCCUUGAACCUGACCGAUUUCCAUGACAACGCCUUGCUGAAGCUGCAGGUGGGCGGGCCUUUCGUGAGUGGCAUGGUGGAUCUGACCAAUGAGGAGUACAUCCUUAUUCAGGUGGAGCAGACUGAAGAGGCGGGUCCACGGAGAAGGCGGGUCCAGACAGUGCUGUAUAACUGGACCAUACCUCUGCAUUCUGAACGAAGCGACCAGAUUAUAACGACUAAAACAUUUUCCAUGUUGAGCAGUGACCCCAUCGUCAUUACGGUGCAGGCGUUCGUCCAGGACGAAUCCAUCGUCCCUCUCUCCAUGACCCACCAGUCGCUCUACGUAACCGCGGAAAGGCAGGUGGUCAUUGCUGCGGUCAUCCUGGGGGGAGUUUACGUCCUCAUCAUCUUCGAGAUUGUCCACCGUACUCUGGCGGCCAUGUUGGGUUCCCUGGCUGCCCUGGCUGCUCUGGCCAUGAUCGGAGAUCGUCCCAGUCUGAGCACUGUGGUGGAAUGGAUCGACUAUGAAACUCUGGCUCUUCUGUUUGGCAUGAUGAUUCUAGUAGCCAUCUUCUCAGAGACUGGCUUCUUUGACUACUGUGCUGUGAAGGCCUACCAGCUGUCCAGAGGCAAGGUCUGGCCCAUGAUCAUCAUCCUGUGUCUCAUAGCAGCCAUCCUGUCUGCCUUCCUGGACAAUGUGACUACUAUGAUGCUCUUUACUCCUGUUACCAUCAGGUUAUGUGAGGUCCUGAACCUUGACCCCAGACACGUCCUGAUAGCUGAGGUGAUCUUCACCAACAUCGGAGGAGCGGCGACAGCAGUCGGGGAUCCACCCAACGUCAUCAUCGUCUCCAACCAGGACCUCCGGAAAAGUGGGAUAGAUUUUGCUAGUUUCACAGGCUACAUGUUCCUGGGGAUCUGUCUGGUCCUCCUCACCUCCUUCCCUUUCCUCCGUCUGCUCUACUGGAACAAGAAGCUAUACAACAAGGAGUCCAGUGAGAUCGUCGAAAAACUCCUCGGACUGGCCUACUAG